AAAAAUUUGAACUUUGGCGGAAUUUCGCGCCGCGUUAACCAAUCAGGAGCCUGCUUGCUGCUAUGGUGGCAGCCCCGCCCGGAGUCACUCACUCAAGCAGUCACUCGAAGCUAUAUGACACAAGUUGUUAUUUCUAUAGUGGAGACAGGAAUAAAAAGGACCUCGCUUGGAAGAGUGUCAGUAAGGACUUUGGGCAACUUGGUAAGUUGUAAUACACGCUUCACUUUUGAGUCACGUGACGUUUAUCUACCCGCGCCGUUUAUUUUUCCCCAUAGUAAGGUUACCCAAUACAAAACUGGUAACUCUCUUGAUAAAUGCACAAGUAACAUCAGUCAUCUUGCAAACAGACACUCACACAGCAGUUGCCCCUCCCACAAGAAGCGGAUUUUGCUUCGGACGCGCGUCAAAUGCUUGCUUUUUCCGCGCGUCUACUCCGCUCUACACGCGCGAAUGCAUCCAAAUUGUUCAAGCGGCAAACCACGCGCGGUAGACGCGAUUUUGACGCCCAAACCGCGUUUGGUGUAAACUCAGCAUGACAAGGUGGAUUAUGUGUUUAUCUGUUUUAGGCACUUCAAAAAAAGUGAUUAAGGACAACCUGCCAAGGGAGUGCAUCAGAAAAUUCUUCCCUUCAAGGACAUGCUUCACUUUCCUGUUUCCAACUGCUCCAGAGAAUGUAUCUCGCCUGGAGAGCUUAAAUCCUGCUGACCUUUCACCUGACUUCCUGAAGGUCACAGAUCGUUUCUGCCAGUUUGUCUUUCAGGAGAGCCAGGUGAAGAAGCUGAAAGAAGGAUACACAGUCACUGGCAGGGUUUUGGGUAAUCUUGCAAAAACAUACGUGGACACCAUCUCUAGUGGGGCUGUGCCAUGUCUGGAGAAUGCUGUGAUCACUAUGGCAACGAUUGAGAAUGAGGCUGCAGUGAAAGAAGGGCUUGAGGUCUACAAGAGUGGAAUAAAGAAGCUGAGGAACUCUUUCCCUCUGGAACUGAAAGAUGUGUCCUCAGAACACCAACGCCUCAGUAAACUGGCAACACAAACCUUCAUGAAGCGUUCAUUCAGGGACACUGAUGGGACUUACCUAAAAUCUCUUGAGGAAAACAUUAAUAAUUUCUUUGAGAGAUACCUAAGCCUAAAUGAGCAAGCUUCAAAGAGUAAAUGUGAGGAUCUUCUGUCAUCCCUGACUGUAGAAAUGACGGAAAACCUUAAGCAAGGGCUCUAUGCCAAACCUGGUGGCUAUAAUCUCUACUGCAAGGAUCUGGAGGACAUUGUGCAAAAAUAUAACAUCCAGGCCGCAAAAGAAGUCAAGGCUGAAGAGGUCCUAGAGGAGUUUCUGAAGCAGAAGUCUGUGGAAUCUAAAGCUAUUUUGCAGGCUGACAAAAACCUAACUGAGGAAAAGAAAAAGAUUAAGGAAGAACAAGAGAAAGCAGCCCUCUUGAACCAGGAAAUCAAAGCUAAAGAGGAGAAGCAACGACAACUCGAAGCGAAGAUGGAAGCGGAGAGACGUAGUAAUGAAGAGAGGAUGAUACAGAUGAAGCAGAAGAUGGAUGAAGAGAUGAAGCUUCAGAGAUUGGAAGCUGAGCGUGCCAUGGAAAGUAAACUGAGAGAGGCGGCUCUGCUGGAGAAGGGCUUUAAGGAGAAGGAAGAUAUGAUGAGCCGAGAGAUGGAGGAGUUCAAGAGACAGAGCGCUGAAGCUGAGAGAAAUCGAGCUAGAGAGUUUGCAAUGAUGAUGGAGAACUCCAACAGAAGACUUGAAGAGACAAUAGCCAUGAUGAUGCAGCGACACAGAGAACAAAUGCAAGCCAUACAACAUAUGAAUGCACGCUAUAAAGGUGAAGGGAAUCAAGCUAGAGAGUUUGUAAUGAUGAUGGAGAACUCCAACAGGAGACUUGAAGAGACAAUGGCCAUGAUGAUGCACCAACACAGAGAACAAAUGAAAGCCAUACAACAUACACCAUAUAAAGGUGAAUGUUGCAUCUCAUAAAAGGAAUAAAUUAAAUGAUUAUCAGACUCAGAUGCAUGCAAAUGCACAAUGCAAUACAAUAUAUAUAAAGUUAUACAUUUACAAUUGAACAUUAGUGUUGAUCUCUAUAUCCACAUUGAACUUCGAUAGGAAAUUUCACUGUGCAUGUAUUUUUUCUGUACUCCGUGUACAUGACCAACCUAUGAUUUAUCAUAACUACAUGCAUAGACAUUGAUGUUUAUUCA